CAGAACUAGUGUACCACAUGACAUAGGCCAGUCAUUGAGACUGUCACCCACUGGCUACUACCUCCCCAUUCUGUACGUCGAUCAACUGAGCGUCCGGCUCAGAGAUUUGGUCGAGGUGGAGUCCUCGUCGACAGAGAUGAACCUCACCUUGAAAUACUCGCCCAUUUCAUACGGAAAGUUGAGAUUAUGGCUGCAGUUUGAAGCAGCAAUGCAGCCAAUGUCCCAGCUCGGAUUCACCGAAAAGGACUUGGACGAAGUCAAGGGGAUAUUCUCCGACACCAAUCUUUAUUUCCUGUGUGUGACGUUUUUGAUAGCUGCUCUACACAUGUUGUUCGACUUUUUAGCGUUCAAGAACGACAUCUCAUUCUGGCAAGGACGCAAGUCCAUGGCUGGAAUCUCUACCUCCUCGGUGGCCUGGCGAGCUAUAUCCCAGAUUAUCAUCUUUUUGUACCUCAUGGACGAAAACACGAGCCUUCUCGUGCUGAUACCUGCCGGCAUUGGAGGAAUCAUUGAGCUGUGGAAAGUCACAAAAGCCUUCCACAUAACCUUUGAGGGCUGGCGACCAAAAUUCCUCAACUCGAGAACAUCAGCGGAAAACGUCACAGAGCAGUUGGACUACGAGGGUAUAAAGUACCUCAGUUACAUCCUUUACCCGCUGGUCAUUGGCGGGGCUCUCUACUCUCUCUUCUAUUCGCCGCACAAGAGUUGGUAUUCCUGGGUUAUACACAGCCUGGUCAAUGGUGUCUAUGCCUUUGGUUUCCUCUUCAUGUUGCCCCAGCUGUUUAUCAAUUACAAGUUGAAAAGUGUCGCUCAUCUACCCUGGAGGGCUUUUAUGUAUAAGGCCUUCAACACAUUCAUAGAUGACCUGUUCGCCUUCAUCAUCACCAUGCCAACAGCUCACAGGGUUGCCUGCUUCAGAGAUGAUAUCGUCUUUGUCAUCUACUUGGUUCAGAGAUGGUUAUACCCAGUCGACAAAAGCAGAGUUAAUGAGUUUGGGGAAUCCUGGGAAGAGGAAGACAAGAAAUGCGUCGAGCACAAGAAGAAAGAUUAAUGUUACAAGUUCUCUAUAUAUAUAUACUUUUUUCAUACAAUUCUUUAAUUAUUGUACAUGGGGUUCAUUGUGAUAUACUUUCACAAGUCACAAAUACAUUUUUUGCCCUAUUAGAA